GCGAUGGGACAGAGAGCAGUGGUGGAACAGAGAGCAGCGAUGGAGGCGGAUGCGGAGCGAGCAGUGCGAGCCUCAGAAUAUGUCACCCCCCUGUGCCCCUCCGAUGGCGGCUGAGGACCCCCUGCAGCCCCCCAUCCUCCAUGCCCUUUUCUACCGUCCGGAGCCCGACGAAGAUGACGAUGAUGAGCAGGGGUGGGACGGGGACACCCCCGAGACCCCCCCGGCAGAUGGGGACCCUCCCAAAACUGUGGAACCCCUUAACACCGAAGAACCCGCAAGCAACGAGGAUCAUCCCCGCAACACUAAGAGAGUGAGCGCCACCGUGGGUGGGGAUUUGGGGUCAGGAUUUGGAAGUUGGGUGAGGUGGGAACCUCCCACCAGAACUGUGGGGACUCCGAAGGGAAGAAACCCCCCCAGCAUCACCAAGAAGCUGAGCCUUAAAUGGAAUGGGUGGGGGGAAGGAGUCACAGGGCAGUCCCGUGCCUCUUGCAUCACCCAUGACGCCAUCAGGAUGACAUCAACCCCCCCUCCUUGUUGUUUUCUUUUCCCUUCCCUCUUCUCCCCAGGUUCGGUUCAGCCUUCAGGUCCAGGUUUUCCUCCUCCAGCCUCCCCCGGACCCUGAUGCCCGUCGGGGUCCUUGGGAGACCCUGGCCCGUGAUCGCCUGCGCUUCGCCCACCGCUGUGCCCUGCUCAGCCCCGUCCUCCAGCCCAUCCUGCAGCCCUCGCACCGGGAACGCGUUUGGGAAAGGCUGCAGAAAGGAGAGAGCCUCUGGGGACCCCCAGGACCACCCUGCUGAUGAGGAACCCCCUGACCGAUGGGGAAACCCCAGGACUCCCAUGUGGAGUGGGAAUACCUCAAUGAUGGGGGGCACUUUGCAUGCUCAGAGUGGGGAGGGGGGGAAAAUAUAAGGGCUGACCUCCCCCCUCCCACUGUAAUUUAUUGAUUGAUUUAUUUUUAUUCCUUAAUUUAUGUUAUAUUUAUUUUAUUAAACCUGUAAAAUAAACUCUUUUGCUACCA